GUCAACUUUUUGAAUAAAAACGUCCUAUACAAAAAAUAAUAAAUUGUCAGCAAAUUUUGUACUACCCAAUAAAUUAAUAUGAGUACUCCACAAGCUUAUAAGCCGUCCGAAGGAAAAAGGGAAGAAUUCCGCAAAUAUUUAGAAAAAGCUGGGAUAAUGGAUGCCUUAACUAAAGUUUUAGUAAAUCUAUAUGAAGAAGUAGAUAAACCAGAAGAUGCAUUAUCAUACAUCAUUGAUAAAUUAUCCCUACAAGCUGGCCUUGAAACACACAAAACACUUACUUCAAAAUUAGAAGAAGCGACUGCCCGUUGUAAGGUGCUAGAAGAAGAAUUAGAAAGUUUGAGGAAGGUUGAAGACGAAUCAGAAGCUCCUCCCGCGUCUGAUGAACCUGAAGUUGUACCUACUGAAGAUGAAGAACAGCCGCCAGCUGGUGAAGAAAAACCUGCCGCUACAGAACCUCCUCAGUAGUUGCUUAAUAUUUUAUUGCAGCUAAAGCUAUCGGUCUUAUUACUUAAUUUUUGUUUUUGUGUACUUAAAUAUCAUUGUUGUCACUGUUAUUUUUUUUUAGAAUUGUUGUUUAAUUUACAUAUAUAAGAAGUUUUUAGAAUAAAAUCUAAAUUGCUUCAG